UGGAUUGGUGGGGUCUGCGCGGCGGGCGCAAGAUGGCGGCGGCGCUGGGCCGGGGGCUGGACAUCAGCCUGGCGGCGCUGCGGCAGCACGACCCCUACAUCAGCGGCAUCGUGGACGUGGCCAGCCAGGUGGCGCUCUACACCUUCGGCCACCGCGCCAGCCAGUGGGAGAAGACAGAUGUGGAGGGAACGCUGUUUGUUUACACCAGAUCAGCUUCUCCAAGGCAUGGUUUCACAAUAAUGAACAGACUGAGCAUGGAAAACCGAACAGAACCCAUUACUAAAGACCUCGAUUUCCAGCUGCAGGACCCUUUUCUGCUCUACAGAAAUGCCAGGUUGUCCAUAUAUGGGAUUUGGUUUUAUGAUAAAGAAGAAUGCCAAAGAAUUGCAGAGCUCAUGAAAAACCUAACUCAGCAGGAACAAUUCAAAGCACAGCAGGGCACAGGAACAGGGGUGUCCCCCAUGAUCAUGAAUUCUGCUAAUAACAAAGAAGUGGAUAUCUUAAGGAUGCUUACCAAGGCCAAAGAUGAGUAUACCAAGUGUAAGACCUGCUCAGAGCCAAAACAAAUAACCAGUUCCUCUGCAAUCUACAGCAACCCCAACCUGAUCAAACCCAUUCCAGUGAAGCCGAGUGAGACCCAGCAGCAGCGAAUCUCCCAGCAGGGCAAGAACGCGGAUCCCGAACCGCAGCACUUAUCCCUGACGGCGCUCUUUGGCAAACAGGACAGGGCAGAGGGCUCGGAAGCGCUCAGCAAGCAGCCCCCGGAGAGCGUCCCGGCGAGGCAGGGCGUGGUUCGCUCGCUGUCCUACGAGGAGCCCAGCCGGCACUCCCCCGGCGCCGAGAAGCAGCUGUGCCCCGCCAUCCAGAAGCUGAUGGUGCGGGGCACCGAGCUGCAGCCGCUGGCCGAGCUCCCCGAGAGCCGCCUGGGUGAGAACGGCAGCGUCCCCCCCGUCGGGGACACCCUCACGGGCCUCUUCCAGCCCGCGGCUGCCCACGGCAUGGCCGCGGCCCACGGAGCUCAGGAUGCUGCUGGCGCUCAGAGCCUCCUGCAGAAAUUGCAGAGUCAGUCAGGAUCGGUGGCUAAGAUGGAGCCCAGUGCCGCAGGAGCUGUGAACUCGACGGCUGCCGUGUUCGGCAGGACUCCUGCUCCCGUUGGAGCGCCUGCGGCACCAGCAAACAGCAUGAGCCAGCCCCCUCUGGUGUAUUUCAAUGGGUCCCUACCAGGCCAGACUUUAGAGGCUCAGACGCUUGGGAAAGAACAACCCAAACUCCCCAGACAGCCACUUCCUCUCUCUGGCAAUCAAGCAGCCAAUUCCGGGGUGAUUUCACCUCAAGAAUUAUUGAAAAAACUCCAGAUAGUGCAACAAGAACAGCAGCUCCAUGUAUCCAGCAGACCAACGUUGGCAGCUAAGUUCCCAGUUGUUACCCAGAACACCAACACCCUGAAACCACUGGAUUCCUGGAUAGAAAAGGCUCCAGGCACAGAAAAACAGAGCACUCUCUUCCAGGUGAUCUCCCCGCAGCGCAUCCCCGCCACGGCGAGCCCCACGCUGCUGAUGUCGCCCAUGGUGUUC